GCAAAAUGAAGAGCUGAACAAACAGCGACCAGCUCGACCUUCGUGGUACGGGCGCAGCACUCUCACCUAUCGUAGCUCGAGAAAACACAAUCAUGGCUGCCGUUCCAGCUGCCACUGCGGUCACCGAGCCCAUCCCCAUCUACAAGGUCGCGCACCGAUAUGUGUUGUACGAUGUCAACCAUGUGACAUAUCUCAGAAGAGAGCACAAUAUUCUCGGUGUCCAGAUUGGAACUCUGCCACAAGCCUCACAGCAAAAUGUCUUCCUGGGGUUGCCGAAUGAGUUGAUGCCGGAGGAAGCACGGCUGCUCGUUGAGAAGAAUGUCGCGUACAUCGUAGACGACACAGCAGAGCACAAGCGUAAUUUCAUGGGGAAUGGCCUCAAUGAGGACGAAAGAAGAGCAUACCAGGCGGCGCUGCGCAAACAAGGGCAGAGUGCCGCGCUGGAUGCUGGCAAGAGAGCCCAGGACCGGACCAAAGCUGCAUUGUCCAAGCAACAGCCUAGGCCAGCCGCGUCAGGAGAUUGGAACGAUAUUCCAGAGGACAUGCUCACCGCUGGUCCUAGUCGCAAGAAGAAGGCGCCGAAGGUAGAAUCUGCUGCUGACACUGUCGACAAGGAUGAGCUGCUAUUCGGUGCGCCGGCUAACGCGUCUGAAGGCUCGUCCAACAUAGUGCGCACUACUUCUAUUGCGAGCUCAACAGUCGUACCGGAGCCGUUUGGUGUCACUCCGACCACUUCGCUGCCGCCACUCAAGUCUCGGAAACCAGACCACGCUGAGUUGCCGGAAGUGCCCAUUUCAUAUCCUCUGUACAAGCACUUGCAUGGAAAUGGAUACUUCAUGCUACCAGGCAUACGUUUUGGUUGUCAAUACACGGCAUAUCCUGGCGACCCUCUUCGCUUCCAUGCACAUUUUUUGGGAAAUGGCGUGGACUGGGAUGAAGAAUUCGAUCUGCUCAAAAUUGUUGGUGGCGGCCGCCUGGGCACUGGUGUCAAGAAGGGCUUCCUCAUUGGUGGCGAAGAACAGAAGCCGAAUGAGGAAGGCAAAGAUGCUAGUGUUCGUGCCUUCACCGUCGAGUGGGCCGGUAUGUAGCAUCGCAAUACUAGGCACAAUAGCUCAUGGAUUAUAGUCAUGAUAUGUCUAUUCCAUAC